ACGGUAUCAGGAGCUAAUGAUGAAAAACUUCACACGAUAAUUUUAUUGCACAGAGCAACGGAGAACGAUGGAACGAGGACACUUUGGCAGGCAGCGUUUGUCACCUUGCUACGUGGAGACAGCAACAACUACAUUCCUACAACCAACAACAAAAUGGAUGGAUUGAUGGACGGAGCUACCGGUGUUCUCCUUGAAGUAAUAUCGAUUGUCGAGUGAAAUUUUUAUCGAAUAAGCAUCUUGAAGUAACCUGGAUACAUUUUUUUCUGUAUAUAAAGUGCUCAGAUGAACUGCAAUGUCGAUCGACUGGGGUUCAAACGCGAUUUAUUUUGGCCUAGAUACAUAAACAUGGCCUAACACAAUCACAAAACAGGACCAUCCUCGAGUUGAUUAGAUUUUGUCACUUAUGUCUAUUCUGGAUCCGAAUUUAAAGCAGUCUGAAAAAACUUUGAUAACAGAUACUCUUACCCUUCGAAUCUCCAUUCAAACGAGAGAAAGGAAUACUAUAUCUUACAGCUAUGAGUUGGUUUAAUACGUCCGGGUUUUCAAACUUGGCGAAGUCCGCUAUCUCACAAGCACAGAAGUCUAUCGACAAAGUUCUGGAUAUUAAAGAUGAGGAUACAACUGAAAGAAAGCAGCCAAAACGAAGCGAUAAACUAUCUGCCUUGCCGAAGUCGAGCAGUUAUUCAGAAAGUUUGGUAACGAAAUCAAAGAGCUCCAACGAAUCAUUGCCAGAUUUGAAUGUUGAAAGGAAAUCUAAAAAGUACGAGACUAACAGUAAAGAUCAAACAAGUGAAAAAACCCAAGAAGAUGACCCAUUUUUUGCUUCUUUUUUGGGAGGAAGCAAACAGUCAACUCCAAAAGCAAACAAAACUCCAAGCGUGAAGCUAAAGAGUCUACAGACUACCAAGGACAAUGAGACAAAAACAUCUGAUUCAGUUAACAUCUCUGAUCAGUUUGUUGAUGAUUCUAAGACUAAUGGAAAUACUCCCAACUCUAAAGAAGCAAUAAAGAAUGAAGACAACUUAGCAGUUAUAAGCAUAAAGAGUAAAGAUACACUGUGUGAUGUAAAUAACAAAAAGCAUGAAAAUUCUAGAGAUUCGGAUGCAACUGAAGGUUUGCAGAUGUUGACAUACACAAAAGAAGAUCAAAAUUCUAAUGAAAAAGAAAAUACCACAGAUAGAGCCGAUGAUAGCAAAACAGAAUUGAAUAAGCCCCAAGAACCUUCAACAGAACCAAAUCUUAAAACCUCAGAUUCAGAUAUUGAUGUAUCUGAUGACUUAAAACAAGAUCUGUCAACAACAUUUAAUUUAGAAGAAUCAGGGGUAGUUAAAAGUGAUUUAUCUCAGAAUUCCCUGAAUUUAGAUAAAGAUUUUGAUAAUACAGCAGACGAUGGAGAAGAAAAUGACUCUAUAGAUGGCUCUAAUUCAGUUAUUGAAGCUUCAAGUGAACAGGAAAUUGAAAAAAGUGACGGGCCAGACAAUGAAUCUAGGAAUGACAUAAUUGACCCUGAAUGUUCUACUUUAAAGGAGCAAGGAAUCAACAUUGCAGACUCUGUGUUGGAACAAAAUGAUGACUUUGGCACUGGCAAUACUGUUUCUACUGAAGAGACUGAAAAUUCAAAUGUAAGUAGUAUUGCAUUUGCAACCGAUGAAACAGACAGCAUUAAAAGCAUAACUGGAGGUCAAGAUGACAAACUUACUGUACUUGAUGAUCUUGAUGUCAACAAGCCUGCAGCUCCUGACAUUGAGCGAGAAGAACAAUAUGAUAAUCUGUUGACUAAUAGCGGCAUACAAAUGAAGGAGAAUCAAAACACAAAGCCAUUAAGCCUGAUUUCUGCAUCAUGUAAUUCAGCAGAGUCAAAUGAAGUUUCUAAGAAGCAGGCUGAAGAAGCAGAAAAUCUUUUAAGACAAGAUAUUGCCACAAAGCAAGAUUUAAGUGAACCAGAUUGUAUUGAAACAAAGGAAAUUGAAGGGGACCAUGAUAGCAAACUUGGUUCUUAUGAUGGAAAAGAAGACCAACCAAAGUCAGACUCAAAUGAAGAAACUGCCUAUCUUCAGCAGGAAGUGAAAAGACUGAAGGAGCUUGUGGAAGCAAGAGAGUCAAAAAUGGUCACUCUCAGUAAGGAAAACAUUGAUCUUCAAGAGACUGUGUCAAUAUUGAAAAACCAAUUAGAGCAAGCCGAACAGGCCACACAAGUGGAUGACUCAAUGAUAUUGGAAAUGAGGGAUGAAUUUUCUAAAAGGAUUGGAGAACUGAAUACAAAAUUGAAUAAAACAACCAAGGAAAGAAACGAAUUUCAGAAAGAGCUUGAAGAGAAAACUGAACGACUGACAAAAGAGCAAGAGCAGCUUAUUCACGACUUCAGGGCGGCUUUGGAGGAAAAGGAAGAACAAAUUGCUGGUCUCUUGGCUGAAGGUGAAGCGUUGUCCAAGCGAGAGCUAAAAAGCAACAAUGCUGUCAAAAAAUUGAAGCUGAAGGCAAAAGAAUUGGAAAAGAAAGCUGACGCAUUUGAAAAAGAAAAUGAGGACAAGGAGAAGGAGUUGAAAAGUCUGAAAGAGACGCUGAGUGACAAGCUUGAGCAAGAGAAGACUUUACAAGAUCAACUGAAAAAGUUGGAGAUAAUCACAGACCAACAGGAAGAUGAAAUUUCAAAAUUAAAAGAUCAGUUAGAUGACGCAGAAGAUAAAAUGAAAGGAAUGCAAACUACAUUAGAUUCCGGUUAUUUGGAGAUCAACAGAUUGAGUGUAGAGAAAGCCAACAGAGAAUCAGAAAUUGAGGAAAUAACUUUGUUAAAAAGUUCUAAAGAGGAACUAGAGAAGAAGAUAAUUGAAAUCGAAAAUGAAGCGAAUUUAGAGAAACAGGAGAACCAAAAUCAGAUGGCAAGUUUGCGAUUGAUAAUUACAAGAACUGAACAAGCGGCUGCCCGCCGUGAAGAUCAUCUGCAGCUUGAAAUAAAAGAUCUUCACCAGAGAAUAGAAGAGGCAGAACUACGUAACCAAGAGCUUUCCCAGAGUAUCGCUACAGCUUCAAGACCACUUUUACGUCAAAUCGAAAACCUUCAGAGUAGCCAUCAUAACCAGGCUGCUAAUUGGGAGAAAAUCGAGAAAAGCUUCAGCGAGAGACUGGCCUCUGCUCAGAAUCAGCUGGCAAUUGUCUCUGAGAAGGAGCGAUCUGCAGUCGAGUUUGCAAUGGAGAUAAAGUCACGUGUAAAUGCUUUGGAAAUGCAAGUGAAAACUUUACGCCAAGAAAAAGCAAAGCUUUCAGAUGAUCUUCAGGAAAAAAUUGAGGAUUCAAAAAAUAUAGAAGAGAAUUUGAAUAGAGAAAAGAAAAAGUAUGAAGAUUUCAGUAACAAUUUUAGGAAGACUUUGGAAGAGCUGCAAAACGAAAAGAUGUAUAUCGAAAAUCAACUGAAUGCAGAACGAGCGAAGCACGAGACUGAGUUAUCACGAAUGUCAACUGAAUAUAGGGCAAAUAGACAGUUGUCUCGGCAAAAUAGCUCGAAUGCAGUAAGUUUACACCAAACGAAUAAUAAACACGGAGAGAGAAACACACAGGAAGAUGACCUCGAGCACGAGACGCUUGCUAAGACAACACGUUCACGAACCAGCAGCUCGAGUAGCUCAUCAAACGUGAUUGAGACAACCAACCGAGGCGCGUCAACAGCAAUCAUGGAGAAACUGCAAACGCAAUUGCGGCAAAAAGAUGGAGAGCUGCAGCUACUCAAGGAGGAAAUUACUGCGUUGCAGAAAACAAGAGCUUCUCUUGCACAAGAAUUGGUCGACCUUGCAAAUUUGGUUGAAGAUUUGCAAGACAAGCUGAAUGACUCUAAUGAGAUGAAAGAAAAUUAUAAAGCACUAGAAUCCAGGUACAAUGCAGCGCUGCAAAUGUAUGGGGAGAAGGCGGAAGAAGCUGAUGAACUUAGAAUGGAUCUUGAAGACAUAAAACAGAUGUACAAGCAACAGAUACAGCAAUUGAUUGGCGAGAGGUAACAAUAGAUAGUCACAUGACUGUAGGUGAUCCCACAAUGCAUUGCUGCAAAAAAUGGUGUCUGUUUUGCUGGGGAAGUGGAAUUUUGUGCAAACAGACAAUAUAUGUUAGCAAAAGAAUUUAUAUAGAUGAUAAUUAAUUGAAAUAUUAGGGAAUAUUUAAUUAUAGUUUAAAUAUUUUGUAAAUGUUUUAUCAUAGUUGUCUGAUUGUGCUAAUUUCCUAUCAAGUGGCUGCUCACAGAGAGGUCUAAGGUGAGGUUUUCAGUCCGCCGCCGUCAAUGAUAUUUUUCGUAUUGAGCAAUAUUGAUAUAAAACUUUGGCUCUUCGAUCCACGUUUUACGCAAAUGUUCACGGAUCGUUACAGCUAAAUUUCUCUCGAUAUGAAUAAAGCAAAUAUAACUAAGUGAAUUGUCUGAUAUCAUCCGCUAUAUUGCUACUUCAGUUUAUAGUCGUUUAAAGAUUUCACUAAAAUUCAGAGUUUCCUUGUUGCUUAACAUUUUCCAAUCAUUUUAGAUCUUCUGUUUGAUAAGUCUGAAAUCUUUGUUCAGUGAUGUCUUGAAAUAGGCCAAAGAGGUCAGAAUCUCACACUUUGUAAACUGAGAAGUAUUUGGCGCAAACUACCCUAGAAUAAUGUGCUAGAUACACUCCCCUCACGAAAGUAUCCGGACAGUUUCGAAUUCAGUUGCGAAUCUGUUGUUAGAGAAAUUUGUUUACAAAUUUCAAAGUCAGUUUUCAUGGAAAUAUUUUUAUCAAUUUCCUCGAAUUUUUUCUUAAAGUUGUUUUGGCCUUUAAUUCAUUUAUUCGUCGAAAAAAAGUAAUCUUAUCGAUAUGUAAGCAAUUUGGCUUUUAUUGGCCCAUUUUAACUGAGUCCAAGUCACCUGACUUUGCUGUUCUCCGCUUAUUUGACAUCAGUUGAUUUGCGUAAGGCUUGUAGCGCAAAGGUUUCUCAUUUUAACAAAAAAUGAUAACAGAUAAAAAACGCAGAAGUUUUGCCGCAUUUUGGUGUUCUGGUUUUUUUUGGAAGGGUUUCUGAAAAAAUUAUUAUCACUAAGUUAAAAUGUCCUUUUCGCCAACCUAAUUUUGUUUUUGUCUGAAAGCGCAAUCGAUCUUCGAACUGUCCGGGUACUUUCGUGAGGGGAGUGUAUAUUCUACUUUUUCCUGCUAUCUCAAUAUUCCUCAACACGAGCGACGUGUUUUAGCAGAAUUGUAAUAAAAUUGCCCCUAGCUUAUGGAUUUUUGAGGAUUUUCUAAUGAUCGUUGCAAAGUUUUUCCUUAUUUAGCUAAAAAAUCCAGAACUCUGGACGUUUCACUUCCUUCUAAUCUAUUGACCCCUUUCUAUCUUUUUACAAUUCACUUAAACUCCAUUAUGCAUAAGGAUUUAA